AUGGACUCGUCGAAAACCCGUAGCGCGGUUGGGAAGCAGGCGGCGCAGUAUGACUCACCUGAACAGCUUCUGGAUGUUUUCAAGGCCGCCGCCCUCUCCGUCACCAAGCUCUACAAGACCUCCGCCAAGGCAGAAGCUCGCGCUCGUGCAGAUGGGUACCAGGAGUGCCUAGACGAUCUGCUCAUGUUUCUGGACAGGGGAAAUAUUGGCUUGGACGACGGCGAGGGCUGGCGGAUAAGGAGGUGGGCCACGGAGAGGCUUGAUGGUCGAGAUCCGGGACACCAGAGCGCCGAGAGCGAGGAUGAGGUCGACAAGGGGGAACGAAUUACAUCUCCCGAGGUCGCUAGAGCCAGCGCCGAACCAUCCACGUCGACACCAAUUCAGAUCGAAACACGAACCGUCUCCCCACCUGCUGCCGUCCAUGUCGCCCCCAUGAACGAAGAGCCAACUCACUUCGUCGUACCCACGCAAGACGCCUUUACUUUCCACUCAUCGUAUCCUAAUAUCGCCACCUUGGAUUUAUCAGACCAGAGACAGCAGGAGGUACCUGCUUUCCCAGCAUCCUUCAGUUCCAAAUUUGGAGGAAGCUCUUCUCGGACGGGCCCGCGGUCUUCACCACACCUUGGUCGCGGAGCCGGGACGAAACGGAGGAUGGACUUUGACGACUUUUUUGGAGGCUGCUUAGGCGGCAAAGACCCUGUGAACAACGGGAGCAAACGCAGUCGACAUACAUGA